CGUGCAAAAUCAUUAAAUUUCUUUUUUUUAAUAACUUUUUAAUAAACAACGAGCGACGGUUAAAACUGUUUGAAGAUCACUCAGGAGGACCUCUAUAAUAUAUGUCAAGGUCAAGGUCAUCGGGAUGGGCUCCGUUAUUGUCAAUAUUUACCCUAUAUUGUUCUGAAUAACGCGAAAAUAGUCUGCAACUGGCAAAACAGCGGUUUUGUCGAUUUCUCAAAUUCCAACUAAAAACCUCCAUAUCUCCUAAACUAAACCAGAUAGCCACUUUCACCACUCUUUAAGUUUUGUUUGUAAUGACCUGUAGAUGAAGAAUCCACGAUCAAAACUCCGGAAAUCGUAGUAUCCCCUAAUGACUCCUCUACGCAAUAUAGAAAUUCGUGCGCAGCAAUUCUAUAACGAGUCGCUUAUUAGAACACGGAAUACCAUUGAGCGCGUAUUUGGAAUAUGGAAAAGACGGUUUCCAAUUUUGGCACUGGGUUCUCGAUUUUCGAAAGUCGAAAGAGUACUACCAGUUAUUGUGGCAACUGCCAUAUUACAUAACAUUGCCCGGCGUGCUGGAGAUCCUUUACCACCAAAUGAUCCUGCAUUACAACCUGUACCAUGGGAAGAAAUUUUAGAAGAGGGAAAUAUACCGCUUAUAAAUGAUGUACCUGGUAAUGAUCAUAUGCAGAACAUAUUAAUCAACAAUUAUUUCCGCAGCUUGCUGUAAAAUAAGUAACCCUUAGUGGAAAAAGUUGAAGAAUAUGCUUAUUAUUUAUUUAGCAGUGCAUUUUUAAAUUUGUAUAGAAUGUGUACAAAAAUGAAAUAUUUCUUUCUAAAAUGUAAAAUCUAAAAGUGUUCGCUUCUUAAUACGUGGGGCUCAUGUUGUCAUGCACAAAAUCAUAUACGUUAUAUUAUUAUACUUAUACUUUUAUAUACAUUUUUAUUUUUAU